UUAAUUAAAAAUGUUUUGGUUUGGUUGGUUUCUCCAAAAGGUGCCACCAAGAUGAUGAGAUAAUGAUGCACCCACUACCACCACAGCAUAUGCUCCUCAAAACCCAAACUGCAGAGAGAGACUUUUUAAUCCCACUUCUGAUGAUUGAUUCCACUUGGCUUUUGCAGUAAAAACCAACGCCCGCCCCAUCGGAUUGGGUUUCUCGACCUUGGAAGAUGAAUUUGAUGAUGAUGAUGAUAUUUUCUUGAUGCUACUCUCUUCCUUUUUCUGCCACAAUAAUAAUAUAUGCUCUUCUCGCUACACCAGAUAGCCCUCUCACUACAGGAAAGAAAACGGGCUUCUUUUUUGUCUUGUGUGAAUGAUUCCCACUACAGUAUACAAAAACAACAAAGCUUCGUUUGACGUGCCUCUCUCUCCUUCCUUCCUCUGUGUUCCACAAAAAGGGUAAAGCUUUGAUUGGAUUUCGCCGUUCCAGUGUGUGAAUUGACCAAAUCAGGCUUUCCCUAUUUACCCUUCAAGUUGCAGUUGAUAUGUGAAUGGGUUUGGUCUCAAGCUGUCAAGCCAAUUUUCGUGAAGAUGUCUAUGAAUUCUACCAUCCAUGGAAUCAAUGGAAUCUUCUCUUCUAAAGUUAGACUGAAGAGAGAAAGAGAAUCCCAGCACGGUGGUCUAAGCUGGAGAAGGAUUUUUUUGUUCCUGUGGCUCUUUCUUGUUUCCAUUGGAUUCAUUUGGUUUUUCAUUAGUAGUUCCUCUUAUAGAAAUUUGAGGAGGAAUGCAAGUUCCCCAGAAAUGGAUGGUAAUAAAGUCAACUUUUUGCUUCAACGUUUCAAUGUCAGCAGGGGAGAACUUCAUGCUCUCGUCUACUAUUUCAUUGACACAGAUCUGAUUUCAUUGUUAAAACCUAAUGGAAGCCUCAGACAUGAAUUGAGUCUUAUAACCGCUAUCACUUGUGUUCUUAAAGUCGUAACUUCAGAAAACCAAUAUUAUGAGAAGCACUGUGAACUGGCAGAGAAACUAGAGGCCUAUGAACAGUGUCCUGUUCUGGAUGAGACUACCAUUAGGCUUAUUAACGCUUUUCUACAACAGAUAUCUGUAUCAUUUGUUUCACAUUAUUCAUCUUCUUCAAUUUCAACACCCCAUCAGCUUUGUGAAAAGGAAACACUGCAAGUGAGAACAUUUGGAGACAAGGGUAAGGAUAUAGCCUUCCGUUUCACAAAGACUUGCUGGUGGGUCCUUCUUGUCAUUGCUGUCAUCUGCACACUAAAAUGGUCACAUGGAGAAUCUGGUGGUGGAAACGAACAGCAGAAAGUAGUUUUGCAGCAAGAAUUGGCUCAACAACCGCAGCUACUGCAACACUUGCAACAGCAGCAAGCUCACGCUGCUUCUAGAGUUGCUCGAAGGUGGAGGGAAAAGCUUCUUGUGAUAUUUGUAUUAUCUGGUGUGGUAGGAUCCUCCUGGUUAUUCUGGCACUUGAACAAAGGCUUCACACUGGAGAGGGAGAACACACUGGCAAGCAUGUGUGAUGAACGAGCACGGAUGCUGCAGGAUCAGUUUAACGUCAGUAUGAACCAUGUUCAUGCAUUGGCUAUUCUCGUCUCCACAUUUCACCAUGGAAAGCAACCUUCAGCUAUAGAUCAGAGAACUUUUGAGGAAUACACUGAGAGAACAUCUUUUGAGAGGCCACUCACAAGUGGUGUGGCCUAUGCUUUAAGGGUUCUCCACUCAGACAGAGAAAAUUUUGAGAAGCGGCAUGGAUGGUCAAUCAAGAAAAUGGAAGCCGAGGAUCAAACUUUGGCUCAGGAAUAUAUGCCUGGGAGCUUGGAUAGUGCUCCUCAUCGAGAUGAAUAUGCACCGGUCAUAUUUUCUCAACAAACUGUCUCCCACAUCGUGUCAAUUGAUAUGAUGUCUGGAAAGGAAGACCGUGAAAACAUAUUGCGCGCUAGAGCAUCUGGGAAGGGAGUCCUAACAUGUCCUUUUAAGUUAUUGAAGUCCAAUAAUGUGGGUGUAGUGCUUACAUUCGCCGUUUAUAACACUCAUCUCGAUCCCUAUGCUACACCAGAUCAACGCGUUAAUGCUACUGUUGGGUAUAUAGGUGCAUCUUAUGAUGUUCCCUCAUUAAUUGAGAAGCUUCUCCACCAACUUGCUAGCAAACAUACUAUUGUUGUGAAUGUUUAUGAUACAACGAACACAUUUGCUCCAGUGAAAAUGUAUGGCACAGAUGAGAGUAAAAUGGAUUCCGUCCAUGUUAGCAGCCUUGAUUUUGGAGACCCUGCUCGGAAGCAUGAGAUGCAUUGCAGGUUCAAGCAUAAACCUCCCCCGCCUUUGAUAGCGACAGCAGCUUCUUUGGGUGUUCUUGUAAUCACCUUCCUUGUUGCUCAGAUAUUCCAUGCUGCAAUAAACCGGAUUGCUAAAUUUGAGCACGACUAUCAGAAGAUGAUGAAGCUCAAACAUCGUGCUGAGGCUGCAGAUAUUGCUAAAUCCCAGUUUCUAGCAACAGUUUCUCACGAAAUCAGGACUCCGAUGAAUGGAGUUUUAGGCAUGCUUCAGAUGCUCAUGGAUACUAAUCUUGAUGACACACAACGGGACUAUGCACAGACUGCUCAUGCUAGCGGGAAGGAUUUGAUAUCGUUGAUCAAUGGGGUAUUGGAUCAGGCCAAAAUUGAAUCGGGACGGCUUGAGUUGGAAUCUGUACCUUUUAAUAUAAGAGCAGUGCUUGAUAAUGUGCUAUCACUUUCAUCAGGAAGAUCUCAUGAAAAAGGGAUUGAGUUGGCUGCUUAUGUGUCUGAUCAGGUCCCAGAGAUGGUUGUAGGAGAUCCUGGAAGGUUUAGACAGAUAAUUGUGAAUCUUGUUGGAAACUCGAUCAAGUUCACAAAAAACACAGAGGGGCAUGUGUUUGUGACAAUACAUUUAGCAGAUGAAGUGACAGACCCACUUGAUGUGAAGGACGAAGUCCUAAAACAAACCUUACCACCACUAGUUCGACAUAACGAGACAAGCUCAUCUUUCAACACACUGAGCGGUUUUCAUGUGGUCGACAGAUGGAGAAGCUGGCACAAUUUCAAGAAGCUUAGCAGUGAGGAAGAAAUUGGGAAAGUCAAGCUGUUGGUGACGGUAGAAGAUGCUGGUGUUGGGAUUUCUGCGGAAGCACAAAGCCGUAUUUUCACGCCUUUCAUGCAGGCAGAUAGUUCAACAUCUCGAACUUAUGGAGGAACAGGAAUAGGGUUGAGCAUUAGCAAGCAUUUGGUUGACCUUAUGGGUGGGGAAAUCGGAUUCUUUAGUGAACCUGGCAUUGGAAGUACCUUUUCUUUCACAGCAGCCUUUUCAAAAGGUUCAGUAGAAGCCAAGGGGAAAUUGUAUGAUUCUGGCUUUUCAGACUUCAACGGGCUAACAGCAUUGGUUAUAGACGGUAAGAGAAUUCGAGCAGAAGUCACUAGAUACCACCUCCAGAGGUUGGGAUUGUAUGUGAAGACAACUUGUACAGUAGAUGAAGCAUGUUCAUAUCUAUCUUCAUUUUCAAGAGAAAGUGAGUCGGAGCAUUUUGACAUGAUUUUCAUUGAUAAAGACAACUGGAAUAAGGAGUCUUCUUUUGCACUUCAUAACACUGUAAAAAAUCUCAGACCAAAAGGCUUGAAGGCUCUCUUUGGAUCCACUCCAAAAUUGUUUCUGUUGGCAACAGAAAUGAGCUCCACAGAACGCAAUGAUCUUAAAUCAGAUGGGCUGGUGAAUAAUGUAUUAAUAAAGCCCAUUUGUCUGAGUAUGUUACUUUCAUCCUUUCAAGAAGCUGCUGACUUUACACAUAAGAGUCAAGUGACUAGGAGGAAACCGUCAACUCUUGGAGAUUUGCUUAAAGGCAAACAAAUUUUGGUGGUGGAUGAUAAUGCUGUAAAUAGAAGAGUCGCAGAAGGUGCUUUGAAGAGGUAUGGUGCAAUUGUGACAUGUGUUGAUGGUGGGAAGUCUGCUUUGGCACUUCUUAAGCCUCCUCACAAAUUUGACGCUUGCUUUAUGGACCUCCAAAUGCCACACAUGGACGGGUUUGAGGCUUCUCGACAAAUCCGCAUUCUAGAGAAUGAAUAUAAUGAAAGAAUAAACUCUGAAGAGAGAAUGGUCGGCAUACCUGACAAAGUGGGCCGUUGUCAUCUGCCCAUAUUAGCAAUGACAGCAGAUGCUACUAGAGCAACAAAUGAAGAGUGUGUCAAUUCUGGGAUGGAUGAUUACGUAUCAAAACCAAUCGAUGAAGCACAGCUAUUUUCAGCAAUGUUAAGAUUGUUUGAAUUAGAUUGAUUUAUGGCUCCUCCCUGUAGAGGCAGGCUUAUAGUACCCUCUGAUGGCUUCAAAUGAGCUAAUUAACUCUGACGUUUGGCAAAAAGCUUCGAAGCAUAUCAGUCAGAGUACAAAUUACUUAGUUCCAUGUGGGUUCUUGCUGGUGAUAGCUGAUGCUGGCAAUGUGCUAUGGGUGUUUGAAUGACGUUAUACAUAAAUGGUUCAAUCAACUACUCAAUCUGUUGUUAAUAGCCACCUAAGGUACCUGAAGGAAGAUAGAUUCUGCAGCUGUAUAUACACCCUCUUGCCUGUUGUCGAUUCUAUGGUUUGUGAUGGGGGUUCCAUCUGCACAGGUAAUGCACGAGGCAGCUUGGCUUCAAUUUAUGCCUCUGUAAAUGCUUUCCACUUUCCACAUGAUAGUUUUGGUUCUGAAGUCUCUUCUGUACAUGCCUGUAGUGCCAAUGAAAGGUAUUGCUAGGACUUUUUUCGUGUUGUAAGUAAAUGAUAGAGUUGACUGUCUGUAUAACUAAAGUAUAGCUAUGACUCUCUUUGUUUUUAGGAUGUCAAGUAAUAAUAUGUUUACAAUAUUUGUUUAAAUAUAGAAACAUUUGUUUGCCCC